AUGUAUAGAACAGGACCCAAGUUUCAAAGCUCUUCUAAAAAAGCAUCUACAACCACACAAUGUCAAAAGUGUCUAGAGCAUGGUCACUGGACGUAUGAAUGUAAAAAAGAAAGAAGCUAUAAAGUCAGGCCUACACGUACACAACAAUUGAAAAAACCCAUCAAAUUAUACGAACCUGAAUUACCCAAAGAGUUGGGCGAGGGUCACGGCUUAGCAGAUAGAAUCCUUAAGAAGAAAGAAAAGGAACGUACUGGCAAAAGAAAGAGAGCAAGAUCUUAUUCUUCAAGCAGCAGCAGUAGCGGUAGCAGCAGCAGUAGUAGUGGAUCUUCCUCUGGUAGUGAUAGUGGAAGUGAUAGUGGUAGUGAUAGUGAUAGUUACAGCAGCAGUAGCAGCAAUAGCAGUAACAGUAGCGGUGGUAGAAGGAGACACAGAGCUACACGUAGACGUAAAUCCAGCAGCAGUAGUAGUAGUGAUAGCGAUAGCGGUAGCGACAGUGAGGUUGUAAAAAAGUAUAAAGAAACUAAGCGUCGUCCAGAUUGUAGUGAAAGACAUUGA